AAAAAAAAAAACUGGAGCACACAGGCAGCAUUACGCCAUUCUUCCUUCUUGGAAAAAUCCCUCAGCCUUAUACAAGCCUCCUUCAAGCCCUCAGUCAGUUGUGCAGGAGAAAGGGGGCGGUCGGCUUUCUCCUUUCAAGAACGAGUUAUUUUCAGCUGCUGACUGGAGACGGUGCACGUCUGGAUACGAGAGCAUUUCCACUAUGGGACUGGAUACAAACACACGCCCGGCAGACUUAAAGAGUCUCAGACUGAGGAGAAAGCCUUUCCUUCUGCUGCUCCCGCUGCUGCCGCUGCUUUUGAGGGUCCACUCCGUUCAUGGUUUUUCCUGCCAGACCAGAGUCACCUUCGCUGCUGCCGUCCUUCUCUCUGGUGUCAUUCAGAGGCUGGCCAGAGGAUGAGACUCCCCAAACUCCUCACUUUCUUGCUUUGGCACCUGGCUUGGCUGGACCUGGAAAUCAUCUGCACUGUGUUGGGUGCCCCUGACUUGGGCCAGAGACCCCAGGGGGCCAGGCCAGGCUUGGCCAAAGCAGAAGCCAAGGAGAGGCCCCCUCUGGCCCGGAGCAUCUUUAGGCCAGGGGGUCACAGCUAUGGUGGGGGGGCCGCCAAUGCCAGGGCAAAGGGGGGCACCGGGCAGACAGGAGGCCUGACACAGCCCAAGAAGGAUGAACCCAAAAAGCUGCCCCCAAGAUCGGGCGGCUCUGAACCCAAGCCAGGACACCCUCCCCAGACAAGGCAGGCGGCAACGCGGACGGUGACCCCAAAAGGACAGCUUCCUGGGGGUAAGGCAACUCCAAAGGCAGGAUCUGUCCCCAGCCCCUUCCUGCUGAAGAAGGCCAGGGAGACCAGGCCCCCUCAAGAGCCCGAGGAGCCGUUCCGCCCGCCCCCCAUCACGCCCCACGAAUACAUGCUCUCGCUGUACAGGACACUGUCUGAUGCUGACAGAAAGGGAGGCAACAGCAGCGUGAAGUUGGAGGCUGGCCUGGCCAACACCAUCACCAGCUUUAUUGACAAAGGGCAAGAUGACCGAGGUCCUGUGGUCAGAAAGCAGAGGUACGUGUUUGACAUUAGUGCCCUGGAGAAGGAUGGGCUGCUAGGGGCCGAGCUGCGGAUCUUGCGGAAGAAGCCCUUGGACACGGCCAAGCCAGUGGCCCCCGGCAUCGGGCGGGCUGCCCAGCUGAAGCUGUCCAGCUGCCCCAGCGGCCGGCAGCCGGCAGCCUUGCUGGAUGUGCGCUCCGUGCCAGGCCUGGAUGGAUCUGGCUGGGAGGUGUUCGACAUCUGGAAGCUCUUCCGAAACUUUAAGAACUCGGCCCAGCUGUGCCUGGAGCUGGAGGCCUGGGAACGGGGCCGGGCCGUGGACCUCCGUGGCCUGGGCUUUGACCGGGCUGCCAGGCAGGUCCACGAGAAGGCCCUGUUCCUGGUAUUUGGCCGCACCAAGAAACGGGACCUGUUCUUUAAUGAGAUUAAGGCCCGCUCGGGUCAAGAUGAUAAGACUGUGUAUGAGUACCUGUUCAGCCAGCGGCGAAAAAGGCGGGCCCCACUGGCCACACGCCAGGGCAAACGGCCCAGCAAGAACCCCAAGGCCCGCUGCAGUCGGAAGGCGCUGCAUGUCAACUUCAAGGACAUGGGCUGGGAUGACUGGAUCAUCGCACCGCUUGAGUACGAGGCCUUCCACUGCGAGGGGCUAUGUGAGUUCCCCUUGCGCUCCCACCUGGAGCCCACAAACCAUGCGGUCAUCCAGACCCUGAUGAACUCCAUGGACCCCGAGUCUACACCGCCAACCUGCUGUGUGCCCACACGACUGAGUCCCAUCAGCAUCCUCUUCAUUGACUCUGCCAACAACGUGGUCUAUAAGCAGUAUGAGGACAUGGUCGUGGAGUCUUGUGGCUGCAGGUAG